AUGCCCCCACCGUCUGGCACAGGGAGCGCAGGCAUACCCUCAGUCAUAGGCAGCACCCGUAGCACUGGUUCCUCUGGCACUGGCAGUACCUCUUUGUAUAAGACUAUUAAUAGCUUUUACUCGGGUUAUGGUCUCUAUCGGUGCGAUCUCUCAAAGCCAUCGUCGACUGCAAAGUGCGGUCCACUAAAGCCCUGUAAAUCCAAACCCCGUUUCUAUAUCUACCGACCCGUGGGUGUCGUUCACCACAACCAUCGUUGGCCGCAACUCUUCGCACCAAUAAUGGGCCAAAAAGUGAGUUCAAUAAAGUCUCCGAUCAGUCGCGACAACUCGUCGUCGAUCGCGUCGCGCACCAAAGACCUGCUGGACAGCGCCCGACCCGCACGGCUUGACCUACUGCUGGAUAUGCCGGCCGCCCCUCACGAGACGCAAGUGAAACACGGCUGGAGUGCUGAGGACCGGUCGCUCAACAUCUUCGUCAAGGAUGACGACCCGACCACUUUCCACAGACACCCC